UUUCUGUUGAAUCCUUUAACAAUAAAAAGCAAAUGUCUGGUAUCAUUCAGUGGUUCAUAGAUUGGUUGAGAAGUUUAUUCUUUAAAACUGAAAUGGAGUUGACGUUGGUGGGGCUUCAAAACAGUGGCAAGACAACACUUGUAAACGUCAUAGCAUCAGGACAGUUCAUUGAGGAUGCUAUUCCAACAGUCGGUUUCAAUAUGAGAAAGAUGACAAAAGGGAAUGUUACGAUGAAAUUAUGGGAUAUAGGCGGUCAACCACGUUUUAGAAGCAUGUGGGAAAGAUAUUGUCGAGGCGUGAAUGCUAUAGUUUUUGUUGUAGAUGCUGCAGAUCGUUCCAAGUUACAGGCAGCCUGUACAGAGUUAAAAAACCUAUUAGAGAAACCACAAUUGGCCAAUAUUCCUGUUCUUGUUUUGGGUAACAAGAACGAUUUGCCUGAAGCAUUAAGAGCGGAAGAAUUGAUUGAAGUUUUGCAUUUGAAGUCAAUUACAAAUCGUGAAGUAUCCUGUUAUUCUAUUUCAGCAAAGAACCAAGUCAAUAUCGAUAUCACAUUGCAAUGGCUUAUUAAGAAAGGAAAAGGUCAGAAAUAAUGAGCCCUCAUAAGGGAUGGAAUGAUAAUUUAUUGAUAAUGAUGGCUAUGAUAUCCUCUUGAACAAGAUAAACUAUUUUUUUUUAAUAUUUAAAUAAAUUCUUACAUAUACCUUUUUAUUUUUUCUACAACCUAAGCACAUAGUUGCACGAAAAAAAAAAAAAAAAAAAAAAA